CUUCCCUACCCUCUUUCUCUUUUGAAAACCUUCCACGUGAUCCUGACUAUGACUAUGUUUCUUUUUAGUGACUAUUACAGUAUCACUACACCGAUAUCAUCUUCUCCAUCUGCCCUGUGCGACCCUAAAACUUCAUGGCUUCAACAACAACAAUCUCACACCCCCUUUAACUCUAAACCCACCGACAUUAGUUUCAAGAUGAGAUCGACCUUCAUUCACAUUGCCAUUCUUUACUUCACAUUUUACGGUAUAACUUUGGCAGCAUCAAAUCAGAAUCCGCAUGAUGAUGCUUUGUCGUUGUUAGCCUUCAAAUCAGUAGCAGACACCGGAAACAACCUUGGCUACUCUGUUCAAAAUAUCUCCGCCGUCUGCAUAUGGCAGGGAGUACAAUGCCAGAUCAACGGCAAGGUGGCCCGGCUUGUUCUUGAGAACUUGAACCUCGCCGGUGUUUUUGCAGCCAACACAUUGACUCGGAUGGAACAGUUACGAUAUUUGAGUCUGAAAAACAACUCGCUCACCGGACCGAUUCCCGACCUCACCGGACUCGUUAACCUUAAAUCGUUGUUUCUUGACCAUAACUACUUCACUGGUUCCAUCCCGCCGUCAAUCUCCUCGAUCCACCGCCUCCGGAAUCUAGAUCUUUCCGACAACAAAUUAACCGGUGUCAUUCCCGUUGAAUUAUGUAAUUUAGAACGACUGAACUACCUUCGUCUCGAUUCAAAUCAUUUAAAUGGUUCGAUUCCUCCUUUCAAUCAAUCAUAUCUUCAAAUCUUCAAUGUUUCGGAUAAUUUUCUAACCGGUCAUGUUCCGGUGACUCCUACUCUUGCCCGCUUUGGCCCGGCGUUGUUUUCGAUCAACGGCCGACUUUGUGGUGUGAUCGUUCGUAUAGAAUGCGGCAUCAGUGGACAAUUUUUUGGUAAAAAUUCGUCGAGCUCAUCAACGCCGCCGUGGGUGGGAAGAGGCAAAAGCGGGGAACUAAAACCGAUGGAGGGUGUUACAAAUUCGAAUUCGACAAAGCAUAAACGACUUAUAUUGCUGGUUGGCUUACCCGGUGGCUUGUUGAUUGUAAUUACCUUAGUUGUGUGCAUAAUUCUGUCGAUUAAGACGUUGGAGAAGAAGAAGAAGAAGAGGAGGAGAAAAGGUAUUGUUCCUACUCGUGAGAUAAUUGAGAUGGCAGAGGCAGCGGAGGUGAUGAAGAGGGAGGAGGGAGGCGACUUGGAGAAGAAGAAGAAGGUGAGCAAGUUGCAUCAAGGGAUGAGAACGGAAAAGAGUGGUAAUCUGGUAUUCUUCACCGGGGAGUCGCAGCUUUUCACGGUGGAUCACUUGAUGAGGGCGCCGGCGGAGUUACUGGGGAGCGGAACAGUCGGGACGACGUACAAAGCGUUGCUGGACAACCGUGUGAUCAUGUCCGUGAAGCGGCUUGAUGCCUCGAUAUUAGAAGGGACAACGAACGAGGCGUUUGAGAGACAGAUGGAGGUGGUGGGUAGGCUGCGCCACCCAAACCUGGUGGCGCUCCUGGCUUAUUUUGUGGCGGAAGAAGAAAAGCUUCUUGUUUACGAUUACCAACCAAACGGAAGUCUCUUCACACUCAUUCACGGAUCAAAAUCGAUGUUGGCCAAGUCGUUACACUGGACAUCAUGCCUGAAAAUUGCAGAAGACGUAGCGCAAGGACUCUGUUAUCUCCACCAAGCAUGCAGCCUCGUUCACGGCAAUCUUAAAGCUUCCAACGUCCUCCUCGGCUCCGACUUCGAAGCGUGCCUCUCCGACUACUGUCUCUCCACCCUAUUUAACGGCGACGGUGUUUCUGCCGCCUACAAGAAACCGGAAUCACACCAACCAACUGCGAAAUCCGAUGUUUACUCAUUUGGGGUUCUGUUGCUUGAGCUGCUAACAGGGAAGACUGAGUCGGAGCAACCAGACUUGACGCCGGACGAGCUGGUGAAGUGGGUAAAGUCGAAUAGAGAUAAUGGUGGUGGGGGCAUGGAGAUGGAGGAGAAGCGGGUGGAAAUGAUGACGGAGGUCGCGAUAGCGUGUAGCGUGAGGACGCCGGAACUGAGUCCCACCAUGUGGCAGGUAAUAAAGAUGUUACAGGAGAUAAAAGAAGCUGCAGUAAUGGAGGAUUGUGGAUUGAACCCAUGGAUUGAAACAUCAUAGAACACCGGAAAAGGGAAGAGUGGCCGGCCACGUUGUCAUAACUGGAUUCAUAGUUACAGUUUAAUAUUUAUUUUUUCUUUAAAAAAAGUAUUAUUUUGCUUAAUAAUUUGUUUUAUAAUUAAUAUACUUAAAAGUUAACACUA